AUGGACGGUGAAAUGUCCCAGCCAACGCAGCCAGCCACGCAGAAUGUCAUCGACCCACGCCGGGUAGGCAAGCAGAACUCGGGCUUCACCGACGAGGACAUUGCCGACAUCGUGUGCCUCCUGUUCCCCUACUCGAUCAACGCCCGCAACGAAGCCGCCCGUCUUGCCCGCGAGGGCUCUCCUUUCGUUAUCGGCCGUGAAGAGGCCCAGAACGUCGAUGUUGACUACGCCUACGAAGACUAUGCCGGCAACUUUGGCCUGUCGCCCGCCGGCCCCGGCUACGGCCCCGCCUUUGUCCUGAGACUGUCCGCCAAGGUCAAGGACCCCGUACAGGGCUUCACCUUUGGCCGCAACCCCAGCCGGUGUGAUGUCUGCUUCAACAACGACUCCCUGCGACGGCUCAGCAACAUCCACUUCCGCAUAUACAUCAACGAGCACGGUGUGCUCAUGCUGCAAGACCAGUCCACCAACGGCACCGCAGUCGACGACGUGCUGCUCAAGCACCGCCGCCCCGGCAUGUCUAACAAACGCACCCUUAACAGCGGUACCAAGGUCUCCAUCCUGCUCCAGAACGACGCCCACGACCUCGAGUUCCUUGUCCGCGUGCCCCGCCGUGAGGGCCAGUACGAGAGUGCGUACCAGCGUAACCUGCACGCCUACCUUGAGCGCCUCGCCAUGCUCGCGGACGGCGACGAAAGCAUUGGUACGACGCAUCCACCACCACAGCCGCAGCGACAGCAAAUCAUUGGCGCUGGACCGGCCGGCAUUGUUAACCUAUUUCCAGCUCCUCCCCAGACAGGACCCGCCCGCCGGCCCCCACCACGCUUCGAGCCCGCGUCCACCGAGAGCUUGCCGCGUGAGUGGAACGGCUCCAACAGCUACAACCGUGUCGGCCAGAUCGGCAAGGGCGCCUUCGCCACCGUCCACAAGGUGACCUCCAAGUUCGACGGCAAGCCUUACGCCGCCAAGGAGCUCGACAAGCGCCGCUUCGUCAAGAAUGGCGUCCUCGACCAGAAGGUGGAAAAUGAGAUGAAGAUUAUGCAAAAAAUCCAACAUCCCAAUGUUGUUCGUUAUAUCGAGCAUUUCGAUUUUGACGACCGGCUCUUUAUCAUCAUCAUGGAGUACGUGCCCAUGGGCGAUCUCGGCAGUCUUAUCACGAACCGCGGGGCUCUCCCAGAGGCCGCCGUCCGGGAAAUGGCCACACAGCUCAUUGACGCCUUGGACUACUUGCACCGCAAAAAUAUCACCCACCGCGAUGUGAAGCCCGACAAUAUUCUGAUUGACUCGCUUGCGCCAUUCAACGUCAAGCUCACCGAUUUUGGACUGUCCAAAAUGGUCGACAACGAGCAGACCUUUUUGCAAACCUUUUGUGGCACGCUCCUCUACUGUGCGCCCGAGGUCUACGGCGAGUUUACCGAAUUCGACGAGAACGGCAUCCGGACCAACCGUCCGCGUAAGAAGACCCGGGCGCCGGGUCAACGGUACGACCACGCCGUCGACAUUUGGUCUCUUGGCGGUGUACUCUUCUACUGCCUCACGGGCCGCCCACCAUUCCCAGUCAAGCAGGGCACAACCUACAUUGAACUUCUGGCAUGGAUCAUGACCCGACCCAUUGACGUAGAACCUCUUCGUGCCGUCAACGCCUCGCCGGCAUGUAUCCAUUUCCUCUCGAUUAUGCUUCGGAAUCGGCCCGAAAACCGCGCCACCAUCGAAACUCUACAACGGCACCCAUGGUUGACCGGGAUCGACGACGCGUCGGCCGAGGCACUUGAACAGAGCGCAUCGCAGCUCAGUCUUAACGAUGGUCACGGCGCUGAUCCGUUGCCCGACACGCGUCUGGACGGGGUGGGCGAACUGAGCGACGACGAGAUCCUCGACGAUGACGACUAUGUCGGGGGCGAAAGCCAGGUCCAUGACAUUCUCGACGGCAUGGACGGUGUAAUCGGCUCACAAGAUGACGGUCAUCAGGUAGGCGACGCGGCUACUAUCCGCGGCCUGCAGAACCUGAACACACAGCAGCAACAGCAGCAACAACAACAGCAGCGGCUUUUUGGCGAAGUCAACGUUAGCGCCAUUGGUAGUUCUGGCGUCAUCCCCGAAGACCGCCUGAACCUGCCACUGUCGGACCUGGGAGGCUCCAUCCACCAGCCACGGGGCUACUCCCCCGAUUCAGCGAACAGCUCUGACCUGGAUAAUACUUUCUUAACACCGCGGGCCCGCCAGCGACAGCAGGUGCCGUCGCUUCAACCGGGAGAUCAAUGGUCCCAGCCGAGAUCAACGACUCAUGGCGGUUCGGGUGGUGGUGGCGCAGGUGGUGGCGCAGGUGGUGGUACUGGCGGUGGUACCGGCGGUGGUACCGGCGGUGCUUCGAAUGGAAGUGCCCAUGUCCCUGCAGCCCUCUCUCAGUCGAACCAUUUCCAGACGAGCCACUCUGUGGACGAGCUGAACAACUUGACCUUUGACGUGGCCUCGCAAAGUCUGGGCGGUGCCGAGUCCAUCCUAGGCAACUUGAACAUGAAGUCACUCGCCGCAUCCAACUUCAAGCACUCCAUCACCGACUUUACGGGCAGCAAACGUAAGCCGGCACCGGACACCAGCGAUGAAUUUGAGAGCAGCGCCGCACGUCCCACGGACAAACAGGACAAACAGGACAAGCCCACCAUCAAGCGGCUCAAGUCGGACAUCCAUAUGGAAUCCGCGUUUGCGUCGGACCUGAACCUGGUCGCCACGGGCACAAACACGGGCGCCACCAGCGAGCAAGCCUCUGUCCAAUCGGACGACGACGACAACGAUGUUAUCACAGCCGAAGAUGUUGCCGUCUAUUCCGCUGUGAAGCCGAUCAGCUAUCCCAAGGGCGGCCGCCAAAUCGACAUGCCCGUGUCCAAGUCCGUCUAUUGGGCUCACAACGACAAGUCCAGCUGGCACUUACAGUACCCCGAAAUGACCCAGUUGCAGUUCAAUGCCUUUGAAGAUGCCGCCGAGGCGCGUGGUGAGGAGUUUCGGCCCGGCCCGGGCCCACUUUGGAACUUGGCCAUGAAGCACUUCCCACCUUCGGUCUCUUCGGCUGCCGGCCGUCGAUCCGAGUCCGGGUCGGAGCCGCGGUCGCGCUCCCGUUCCACGUCGCACAUCUCUGACACGGCCGUUUCCAGUGGCAUCGAUAUCGGCGAUGACGCCAACAUCGACCAAAAGGAGAACAUUAUGCCAUCGAGCAGCCCAGCCACGGCUGCUGCUCUCCAGCAAGUCAUUACGCCGCCCCACGAGCCUUCCGCAUCCCCUCAACUCUACCUGCAACCGACGCCACAAGCUCAAAUUGUUGUGCCAGUUGUGACCGAGCAAAUCCCGCCCGUAGCACGACUCACAUCCACGGCCGCAUCCGUCGUCUCCAACAUCUCCGUACCCAUCACGGAAUCGAUCACCACCUGGGGCCGCCAUCCGGACAACACACAGGUGUUUCUGCCAGUCAAUGAAUUGAAGGUGCCCAAAUAUGCCUUCAAGAUACUACUCUGGCGGAGCGACGCCAACGGCGGUGCCGGGUCCGAACCGUGGACGGACUUGCGGCCAUGGGAACGGCGGGACGAUGCGGGCGAGGUGGCGCUAGACGCGACCGGCGAGAUUGCCAGCCGAUACCACUUUUACAUCUCCACCAAGGCCCGCCAGGGCAUCAUGGUCAAUGGCACCCCCAUCAACUCGUCUGACCCACGCAACAUGCAGAGCGCAUCACGAAACUGGACCCGUCUAUACGAUGGCGACUUCGUCGUCGUCUGGUACAUCAUGGUCGAUCCGAACACUGCCUCUGCCGCCAAACCGCUGCGCACAGAACUGCUCUUCCGCUGCAACUGGGGCGGCUCUGCCAAGCCGCGUGCGUCUCUUGUACCGGCGUCCCUAGCGGCCGUCAGUCUUGUGGACGAGCCCACCAGCCAACGCCUCGAUAAAGCCUGCUCGCGCGCCGAGCAGUAUGUGGCCCACCGCGAGCAGCACCGGCGCCGUCUUGUGGAAGCCGAUCGUGAUAUGGCUGAACGUGUGGCGCGUAUCGACCAGGAGCGCCUCCGGUCGGCCGAGUUUGAGCAGCGGCGUGCCGAAAUUCUAGCUGCUUGGGGAAACAUUGGUGGUAGCAGCAGCAGUGGCAGUGGCUUGCAAAUCCGCGUGCGACGGCCCCGCCUCGCCGCGUCGCCCGUCAGCGCACCGACGGUGCUCGUGUCGACAUCGAGUAACUUGACGAACAACACCAACGGCAGCGAUGGUGACCGGUCCAAUAACAGGAAGGACAUCAGUGGCAGCAGCAGCGUUACGCCCACACCGUCAGCCACCGCGUCCCAGACGCCCAGAGGACGACUGGCCAGGCAGUAG